GUCAUUACGGCGAUACAAAGAAAGAAGUAUGGAAAUGAGCGUCUAACACAGUUAGGUAGUAACCAUUUGUUAGUGCGAUAUAUCCGUGCACUGUUUGCUUACAUUUUCAUGCAGCUUGGUCCCACUACGCUGAAGCCUGCACUACUGCAGCUUGCAGUCCCUGCAGUCACCGCACUUUUAGCGCAUACGCGCCAAACACUAGUCACAGCGUAUUUUCAAGCUAUACGGCUGAAUAUAUCACGCAGUCUGGUGUGCAAAUAGUAAAUUUGUGCAUGUGUGCCAUGCGCGAGCCUGACCUCCAUACCCCGUCGUUCGUGAAGCAAUAGAGAUUAGCGACAGACGUAUCAGCCACGCUGUUGUUUGAGCCCCAUGAGCAGCAGGGAUGUGCUCCUGCUGCUGGCACUGGCCCUGCUGGGCGUGGUUGCUGUUGCCUCUCAAGGCCCGGCUGCCCCCAGCCCUUCCCGCCGGCCUCCGCGCCCGCCGCGCCCGCCGCCGCCGCUACCUUCGCCACCGUCCCCUCCUCCAGCGCCCCCGGACAAUCAGAACUUCCGGCUGGUGGCCACGGCCCUGGAGCUGUAUGUGCGCGGCAGCUCCGGCUGGCUUGACUACACGGCCGGAGCGGUGGGCUAUGUGUGGAUCUACUCGGAGUCAGCGGGUGACUACUUCCCCUUCUGCCUGCCCGACGGCGGCAACACCACGUGGGACGCCGGCGCCGCGUCGUACGCCUGCCGUGCCGCCGGGUACGACAGGGGCGUCCAGGUGGCCACCGGCAACGGCACAGCCAACCGGCGCGUGGGCUUUGGCUCGCCACUGCCCCAGGUGCAGGACCUGACCUGCCCCGAGGGCGCCGCCACCGCCCAGCUGCGUGACUGCCGGGCCGCCGUGCUGACAGAGCCGACGGCGUGUGGGACCAUGGCAGCGGUGGUGUGCAACAACGAGUCGCCACCGCCCGCGCCGCCGUCCCCUCCGCCUGCGCCCCCGUCCCCACCAUCUCCCCCACCGCUCCCACCCGCUCCUCCUUCACCCCCUCCGCCGCCACCGCCGCCCUCUUUCCCGGCUCUGCCUAGCCCGCCCAGUCCCUCGCUCCCGCCCGCGCCCCCUGCGCCGCCCAGCCCACCGCCUGGGGACGGCGCGGUCAGGCUGGUGGGCGGCCCCUCGCUGUACGAGGGCAGGCUGGAGGUGUUUGGGAAUGGCAGCUUUGGCUCAGUGUGCGACGACAGCUUCUCCGACGCCGCGGCACGCGUGGUGUGCCGCCAGCUGGGCAUGACCGGCGGCGAGGCGCUGUGCUGUGCGGCAUUCGGCCCCGCGCCCGCGUCCGCUCCCAUCAUGCUUGAUGAGGUGACGUGUCGCGGCGAGGAGCCGGCGCUGCUGCUGGGCGGCUGCAUGACCGGCGCCUGGGGCAGCCACGACUGCGAUCCGGGCGAGGCGGUAGCGGUGCGUUGUGACUCGGGCGGCGCGCAGGUUGACGCGUUCGCUGCAGGCCAGUUCUUCAUCCCCAGCCCUGCGGGCGUUGGCGGCCUGAUCACGGCGGACCAGGCGCUGGUGUCCGGACGCAACUUGUCGGUGACGCCGCCGCUGCGCUGCAUCGCCAGCGGCUCACACACCACCGGCACGGGCUGCGAUCCCCGCUUCGAGCCAACCUACUUCUUCGCCAACAACAUGUUCAACGAUGUGGUGUACCGCAUCGUGUACGUGUACCUGGACGGCGCGCACUCCUGCCCCUCGCCGCUGACGGUGCGCGCCGUGUCGAAGCUGUACGGCAACAGCAGGGUCCAGCUGGACAUGGUGCUGCCGCCCGGCGGAGACCCCGUGUACCUGGACCCCCGUGUGCCGGGCCGCCUGAUGCUGCAGCGCAAGGGGCGCAUCAGCACAGGCUACCAGAUCAGCCCCAGCUGGGUGGACGGCGUGUGGCUGGACGCGUCGCGCUACAUCCUGGAUGACGGCAAGACUGCGGUCACCUGGGCCCUGGACGACGCCAAGGGCUGGCUGGCUGACCGAGGCGUGAUGCAGCCCGCCGGUCCCGCUGUGGCGGGCUGGCGGUGGAAGCACGGUUUCGUGGGCAACACGGACGGCUACUCGCCCGCCACAUUCCCCGAGCUGAUCACCACAGACGGCGGGGCUGGGGGAGGCGGCGGAGGGGGGAUCAAUGCCACGUACCAGCUGGUGUACGAGCUGGAUGGAGGCACGCACGUGGUGUACUCGUACCCCAGCGACCGGCGGCUGGUGGUGAGCCACCCGAGAUCCACGGCGCCGCUGGCAGUCUAUAUUCAACUGGAGUUCCUGCCGCACCCCACCGGGGCGCGCGGGCUGGUUGUCCAACGCAUGGAGGGCGACAGCCUCUGGAACGUGGCGUUCCUGGCCGUGUCCUCGCCCGCGGUGCAGCGCCGCGCCUUCGUGGUCAUGGACACGACCUCGCGCGACACCUGGGGCUGCCCUCAGGCAUUGGCACCGCCUGGCGCCCCCGCCCCCUCCCCGCCGCCGCCGGAUGCCGCACCUCCCGAUGCUGCCGGUGAAGAGGGCGACGCCAACGGCCAGCAGCCGGCGCCGCCCCCUCCAACUGACGCUGGCACCGUCGCAACUCCGUUGCAAAUAUGUCGGUUCCGCCUUUUGGGCUGUGGCAGCGGCGCCGCGGCUUCGGGCCAGGCGGCGGCGGCGGCAGCGCAGCAGAACGACACGGCGACGGCGGCGGCGGCGCCGGUGUGUGUCCGGGAGGCAGAGCUACAUUGCUGGAUGGAGGGGAACGACGGCAGUAGCAGUAACAGCAGCAGUGGCACGAGCAGUAGCACGGGCACCAGCAGCAGCAACAGCGGCAGCGGCGUGGUGGUGGAGGUGGGCUCUGCGCUACUGCCCCAUCUGAACUACAGCGGCGUUCAGGUGGUGUCCGUCCCUGCGCUUCCAGCGGCGGUUGAUGGCAGUAGCAACACCACCAGUGGCAGUAGCAACACCACCAGUGGCAGUAGCAGCAGCAGCAGCGCCGCACCGGCACAGCAGCCUCCGCACUGGGGCAUCACCAUCACGGGCGCUUCCCGGCUGCUGCUCAACUCCAGCGUCAUUGCAGACCUGCCGCUGAGCCCCGGUGGGCCUCUGCUGAGCUGCAGGGGCUGCAUGGAGGUGACCCUGCGGCGCGUGCAGCUCCGCAACCUGAGCGCUGCCGCGAUCGCUGCUGGCUCCGCCGCGAUGUCCCAGCCGCCGCCCGAGCCGCCGCUGAUGAGCUAUGGCGCAGUGCUGCUGCACGGGGCGCGGGCGGCGACGCUGGAGGACGUUGCCUGCACCGAUGUGCGGGGCGGCACAAACAGCGCCGGAUGGGCGUGUGUGCUGGUUGGCGUGCCGGCGCCGGCGGCCGCUGCGCCGCCCGUGGAAGCGCGCGUCCAGAUCAUCCGAAGCACGUUUGCGGGCAAUGCCGUGGCGGCAGCGGCAAGCCCAGCAGUGCUCAAUGCUGCGGCCGCCGGCAACUCCACCGCCGCCGGCGCCGCCUGGGAGGCGGCGGGCCAGCUGCUAGCGGCAACAGCCAAGGGCAGCAGCGGUGCCGCGGGCGGCGCACCGCCACCUCAGGGCGCGGGCGCGGUGGCAGUCAUCAUCCUGCUGAACACCCCUGCCGCCGCCGCUGCUGCUGGUUCUAGUAUCGGAGGCAGUAGUACUGGUGGCAGCAUUCAGCAGGCCGUGUUUGUUAACAUUGCUGACAGCCGCUUCGACCGCAACGAGGGAGUUCUUGGAGCGGUGCUGUUCACCGGCCCUAACAUGACGACCUGGCUGUCUGCUUCCAACUCCAGCUUCAACUCCAACCACGCGGCAUUCCGAGGCGGCGUGGUGGCGCUGGCGGGCCCCGCGGCCGAGGUACACUUCACCAGCGGAAGCAUGGUCGUGAACAACAGUGCCACACAGGGCGGCGGCGUGGUGAACUCCGUCACUGACAUCCAGGCCUUCAGGCUCACAGGCGGCUGCAGCGUGCUCGGCAACACCCCGGGCGAAGGCGGCUAUGGCGGCGUGCUCAACGCGGAGACGUACCUCGACAUCGUUGACUUUAUCAACGUCACCGUCAGCGGCAACGGCGGCAGCAGCAUCAGCAGCUACGGGUCCGUCAUCAAAGCGGACCCCACACUCGCCUCCAGCGUCCCGUGGGACUACGACCGCCUGGGGGGCCAACACACGGGCGCGAACAUCACCAUCCUAAACAGCCGCGUGACCAACAAUGGCGGCGCGUGGGUGUUUUUGUUUGGGCUGUUCAACAUGAUUGAGGUUCGGGCCAGUGACAUGUCCCGCAACAACGGGCUGUGGUUCAGCCCCUGGCGUGGCGACCAAAGCUCUAACCCCCGGGCCGCUCUGCUGGGCUUCCACCUCCAGGAGGGGACCCGGGUGUGUGGCAACAUAGCGCCCGCUUAUCAGGGGUUAGCCCCUGUGUUGUACACUGCCGUGCCAGUGGGCCGUGUCGAGAUCAACAACACCACGGUCUGCUCCAACUAUGGGCGUGAUGCAAGCGCCUUUGGGAGUGUGGCCUCGAUCAAAUCCGUUGUCAUCACGAACGGGUCUCACAUCUACAACAACUCAAUCGGAGCAAGAGCUUCAAUGAAGCCUACAAUCUUAGCCACUGGCGAGUCCGAUGAGAUCAUCAUUGAGGGCGGUUCAACGAUAACGGACAACGAUGGUGGCCAGAUAUUCAUGGUCGUACGGCAUCUUGGAUCUCUCAUCGUGCGGGGCGCGGGCACUGCGGUCCGGAACUCCACUUCCUACAUCGGCGAUGGCUCACUUUUGAGAUCCGACAGCCUGGGGUCCUUGGAGCUGUCGGACGGGGCGUCAAUUACCCAGGGUGCCGCCCUGAAUGGCAAUGGAGGCGCUGUGCACGUGGCGAAUGACGUCGGCAGCAUCUCCAUCCUGGGCGGCGCGACGCUGAGCCACAACCGGGCGGCGCGCGGCAAGGGCGGCGCCAUCAGCGUGGGCGGCCAGGUGACGGGCGACGUCCGGGUGGCGGGCGGCAGCAGCGCCGAGCACAACGAAGCAGGAGCCGGAGCAGGCGGUUUCCUAUUCGUUAAUGGCGCGAUCCUGGGCGGCCUGUUCGUGGAGGGCGGCAGCAGCGUGCGCCAAAACACCGCCGCGACCUCGGGCGGCGCGGUUCACGCAGGUGGCGGCAUCUUCGGCGGCGUUCGGGUCGCCGGCGUCGGCUCGCGCCUUUGCAACAACAGCGCCACCACGUCAAACGGCGGGGCGGUGUCGGCGGGCCCCGCCAUGGCCUCGCUCGAGGUCGCCGACGGCGCCGCGGUCACGGGCAACAGCGCCGGGGGCGCGGGCGGCGUGGCGUGGGUUCAGGGCGACGUGUCCAGCGUGCGUGCCGUCAACGGCAGCACGGUGUCAGGCAACACCGCCACUCUGGAAGGUGGUGUGCUGCUUGCGAGCCUGCUUGGAGGCCUGGAGCUGCUGAGUGGUGCGGUGAUGUCGCGCAACGUAGCCGGAGGCAACGGGGGCGCGGUCUUUGCUGACCGCAUCCGUAUGCUGGGCGUUAGCGACUCCAUCGUGGAAGGCAACCAAGCCGGUGGCUCCGGCGGCUUCGUCGCGGCAGGCACGCUCAUCGACACCGUCUCUUUUGCCCGCGCUCGCGUCAGUCGCAACGUGGCGGAGCAGGGCCCGGGCGGCGUGCUGAGCCUCUCCAUUCCACCGCCCGGCUCGCAACUGCUAGUGCAGGCGGCGCCCGGCGGGCGCGCGUCUCUGACGGUGGCGGACGGGUGUGUGUUCUCCAGGAACCGCGCCUACGAGUCCGGCGGCGCCAUUCACGUGGCGGCGGCGUCAGACCGCACCAGCAACGCACCGCGCAUCACGCUGCAGGUGGACGUGAGCGGCUCCAGCUUUUUGAACAAUUACGCGGGCGGGGCGGGCGGUGCGCUGAGCCUGAGUGCCCCCGCCGCCGGCGCCAUCGACCUGGCCGUGGCGGUGCGCGACUGCGCCUUUGCGGGCAACUCGGCAGGCAGCGAGCUCUUUCUGCUGGGAAGCAGCCUCUACAGCGGCUACGGCGGCAGCAUCGCGCUGGUCUCCUUGCCCAAGCUCCGCGCCGGUGCCGUGAUGGCGGCCCAGCAGCAGGCGGAGGAGGACAGUAGCAGCAACACCACCAGCAGCAGCAGCAACAGCAGUAGCAGCAGCAGUAGCAGCCAGGGCAGUAGGGCUAUCACGGGUGGCAACCUGGCGCGCCCAGGCAGUCUGGGCGCGGCGUGCGCUCUUGUGCUGGAGCGCAGCACCUUUGUCAACAGCUCGGCGCUUCAGUCCGGCGGCGCUCUGUCAGUGGUGUCGUGCGGCACCGUCAUUCGCAGCAGCACCUUCACCGGCAACAGGGCGCAGUUCCGUGGCGGAGCUGUCACGGGCAUGAUUGAGGCAGCCAAUCCGCUUUCCAGCACCGCUACAGCCAGCAACGGCAGUAGCAGCAGUGUUGCUGCCAUGAGCGGAGGCGACGGCAACGGUGCUGGCGGGCGCCGGCGUAGCCUGCUUCUGAAGCGGCGUGGGGAGGAGGAGCGUGGCAGUGGCAGUAGCAGGUCGGGAACUCAACAGCAGCUGCUACAGCGACUGGAGCAGCAGCAGCAGCUGCAGCACCGCCGCCGCCGCGCCAUUGCUGGCACGGUGCCGACCUCCAGCAGCAGCAGCAGCAGCAGCAGCAGCAGCAGUGGCGCAGACCUGGCGCAUGCUAUUCUGCAGCUGCAGCGCGCCCGGUCGGUGUGGCUGGACGUCUCUGGAAGCACCUUCACCAACAACCUCGCCGAGGCCGACUGCGGCGGCGCGCUCCACGCCGAGACCGCACACGCGGCCGGCGUGCGCCUGCACGACGUCACGGUCCGCGGGAAUCAGGCGGCGGAGGGCGGCGGCUUGUGCCUCAGCGCGCGCGGCAGCGCCGCCGCCGCGCUCGUCAGCGGCAGCCGCCUCAGUGACAAUGCCGCGGCUGGCGGUGGCGGCGCGGUCCUGGCAAAGCUGUCAGGCGGUGCCAACAACACGCUCGAGCUGGUGGACUGCACGGUGUACGGAAACCGCGCCACCAGCGGUGCGGGAGCGGCGGUGGUCAGCGGCGGCCGGGGCUCCCAGCUGGUCGUGUCGGGUUCCAGCGUGGAGGCAAACCUGGCGACCGUGUCAGGCGGCGGCGCACACGUGCAAUGCGACGCAACCGCAGCCGCGGCAGCAGCAACAGCUGGCGAGGCGCGCUGUGGGCCGGAGCCCCUGCUGGUGCUGCGCAACGCGAGCCUGAGCCACAACGCCGCCGCCUCGGCGUCACGCAGCUAUGAGGGUCGCGGCGGUGGCGUGUUUGUGGGCCCCGGGGCCUCCGCCUCCCUCCAAGGCCUGGCCAUGACGUCGAACGUUGCUGGGGAGGCCGGCGGCGCGGUGGCGGCGGAGGAGUGCGAGGCUCUCGUGUUGGAGGGCUGCAACGUCACGGACGGCCAGGCGGCUCGCUUCGGCGCGGGCCUGUUUGUUCGCUCGUGCGGCAGCACGGUGGCUCAUGGCGUGCGGCUUGUGAACAACACGGCACUCACGGGCGGCGCCUGCUUCUUCGCUGGACCCACUGCAGACGCGGGCAUACUCCGCCUGGUUUCGGCGAGCGGCGGGACAACAGCAACAACGACAGCAGUGGUAGAUGGCACGGUAUCCACAGCGUCGCGAGGUGGCAGCGUGGUCCUGCGGGGCUGCGUGCUGGCGGGCAAUGCCGCGGCCUCGUCUGCGCGUGAGGACUCCAGCAGUCUGGGUCUGCAGCGCACCUACUUCCGCUACAGCGGCCACGGCGGGGCGGUGUUUGUGCUGGGCAACGUCUCAGUGUUGGCGGCGGGCUGUGACUUGGCGGCGCCUGCUGCUGGUCGUGGUGGUGCUAGUGGUGGUGGUGGCAACUCAGGAGCAGUGGGACCUUCGGUGGCGUCGACGCAGCAGUGCGCCAGCAGCAGCGGCAGCAGCAGUGGCGGCGCGGCCUCGCUCGCGGCAAUGCAGACAGCAGUUACGGCGCUUGCGGCGGCGGCGGAUUCCGCUGCCGUUCAAAGGGCUAUUGCGGACGCGGCGGCACUGCUCGCCAAGGCGGGUCAGGAGGAGGGCUGCUGGCGCCUGGCCCUGUCUGACUUGCGCCUUCCCUCAAGCCAGGCGUACCCGCUGUGGAUGCAAGAUGAAAGGGCAAGGUCCCUGCAGGCAGGCUGCAGCUUGGGCGACGCCUCAGCCUCAGAUUCCAGUGCUGAUACCACCUCCAGCACCGGCACCAUUCUGGCCCUGACCAGCGCCGCCUGCAACAGCAGCAGCGCUGCGGUGCCUCCGUCCCUGCAGCACGCCUGCGAGCAGAUGGCAACCCUUCGCGGUUGCUCCGCGCGAGUGGCGGCCGCAGCUGCUCGCAGCGGCAGUAGCAGCGGCAACAGCACUCUCAGCCUGAGCGAGGGGCCGGGCGGGUCGGCUGCUGCAGCUGCUGCUGCUGCUACAGCCGGGCUGCUGGGUGGGCUACUGGAGGUGCCGCCCUCGCGAAUGGAACUGGUGGCGGCCGUGGCGGCCGGGUCGGCAGUAGCUACUGGCAGUAGCACCAGCACCAGUACCAGCAGUAGCAGUAGCAGCGGAGGUGGAGGUGUAAGCGGCAGCGGCAGCAGGUCGGCGGCGCCGCUGCGGCUGCGGCCGGGCACUCCGAUGAGACUGGCGGUGCGACUGAUGGACGGACUGGGGCAGCCCGCCAAGCGAGAUGACCUGCGCUGGGCCGUGACCUUGUUCAUCUUGCCCGCCCAGCCCCCCACGGCUGCUGCUGCUGCUACUGCCGCCGCCACGGCUGCUGCUGCUGCUGCUACUGCCGCCACGGCUACUGGAGGCGGCAGUAGCAACAGCAGCAGCAGCCUGGUCCCCGCCGCCGCCUUCCCCGCCCGCCCGCAGCGGCCGUGGCACGACCCACGGCUGGCGGUGUUGGACCCGGACGCGGCCUCGGGCGGCUCGCUGAGUGUGGAGGUGGUGGAGGGGGUGGCGGUGUGGCCGCGGCUCACGGUGCGCGGCUGGGUGGGCGCCUACGUGCUGGUGUUCCGGGCUGUGAGCCAGGAGGACGCAGCGCUGUACCAGAUCUCCAGCUUGGAGGUAGCAGUGGAGGUGGAGCCAUGCGCGCCUGGCGAGGCGCUGGACCUGAGUUGGGCGCGGCAGUCGUGGGGCCGGCCCUCCUGGGUGGCGUGUGCCGCCUGCGCGCCCGGGCAGUUCACGGUGUGGCGGGACGCGCGGCCGCCGCAGUGGCGCGUGGACGGCUCUGACUACGUGGACGUCAUGAAGGCCCUGUCGGAGGCGGCUGCCGCGGGCGAGGCCAAAUGCAUGGCCUGCCCCGACCGCGCCACUUGCCCGGGCGGCGCCGUCGUGGUGCCCAAGCCAGGCUACUGGCACUCGGGACCCGACUCGCCAAAGCUCCACCGCUGCCCCUUCCAGCCCGCCUGCGGCAACCCCGCAGGUGGCAGCGGCACCGGCGACCGCUGGCCAGCCGACGCAGCAGCGGCCGCAGCAAUGGCUCCAGCUGCUGUGGUGGUGCUAAACAGCAGUAGCACGCAGACGCUGCUGCCCCUGUCAGGCAGUAGCAGCAGCGGCAGUAGCAGCCUCUUCGGUGUGCUGGCGCAGAGUUCCCUGGAGAGCCCUCGGUCGCAGUGGCUGGCGAGGUGCCAACUGUUGGGGUACCUGCAAGUCAGUGGCGGCGCCAACAGCAACAGUAGCACUGACGCCAACAGCACAGCCGCUGCGAUGCUGAAGGGCUGCACGGAAUGGCGCCAGCAGCAGGUGGCGGCAGAGGCGGCUGCGGGCGGCGCGGAGGCGGUUGGCAGUAGUGGCAGUAGCAGUGGUGCCGCCGUUGCGCCCUACCAGCAGUUGCAGUGCGCUGAGGGCUACACGGGUAACCUAUGCGGCGCCUGCUCGCCCGGGUACUUCCUGAACUCGGAGCAGCAGUGCAUGGAGUGUCCCCCGCUGGUGCGAACCAUUGGGGUGGGGCUGUUGGCCUUGUUCGCCAGCGUGGCUCUGGUCGCCUACACCUCCUUUGUCACCUUUGAGGAGCACUUCGAGACGACCGCGGCCGCGGCCGCGGCGGCGGCGGCGGAUGAUGCAAACAGCGGCCCGGCGACGCCCCGCACACCCAGCGGCGUCGUUGGCGCCUUCGGUGGCAGCGGGGCGUCGCCCACCGCACAUGCUGCGAGCAGCAGGAAGCUGGCUCUGCUGUCGCGGCGGGAUGAGCUGUGCGCGGCUGAUAUUCUCAAGGUGCUGAUCGUGCACGUCCAGUAUUACGUCAUCAUCACCCGCCUGCCCGUGUCGUACCCUGGAUCCAUCAACGCCCUGGCCGCGAUCCUGAACGCGAUCACGGGCGCCAGCAGUGCCAUCGUGUUCAGCUACAGCUGCCUCGUGCCUGGUCAGGACAGCUGGGAGCAGGCGCUGUCGCAGCUGCUGGGGUCGCUCAUAACGCCGCUGGUCAUCAUCGCAGUCAGCAUGAGCAUUUGGGCGGCAAGGUACGCGGCGGUGCGCAUGCGGGCGGCCGCCGCGCACAAGCGACUGCACGCCAGACUGGCGGCAGUGCAGCUGCAGCAACAGGGCCAGCAGGGCGGUGCAGGUGCCGGCGGCGCCGACGCCAGUCGCGCCGUCACCCCGCACUCUCAGCAUGCCCUCAGCAACGUGGUUGCGAUGCUCACAGCGCUGAGCGCCGACGCCGCCGCCGGUGGUGGUGCCGGUGGCCAAGGCGGCGGCGGCGGCGGCAGCGGUGCGGCCCAAGUCGUUGAUCUGGCAGGUGUGGAUGACGACGACGAUGUGGCGGCGCCGGCUCUGGCCCCAGAGCAGGGCGUGGGACGGACGACGGCGCCGCCGCCGCCGCCCCCGGUACUCAGCAGCGGCGGCGCCAGUGGCAACGCCUCCGCCGACGUUGCUCUGCAGUCGAGGGACUUCUUGCUCACGUCUGCACCGUCACCGCCGUCACCGCCGCCGGCGUUGCCGGUCCCGCCACCGGCCGUCACGUCGCCUUCUGUCGGCGGGGCGCCGGAGGGCGUGCAGCAUCAUUUCAGCAGCCGCUAUCCUGAGAUCCUGGCCCACGGCGCGCACAACACGCACAGCACGGGCGGGCACUCGCUCGUCAGCAGCUCGGACGCAAACCACGCACAGCAGGCCGCAGCAACUACGCAGCAAUCGCCAAAGGAUUCGCCGCAAUCGCCCUCCCAGCCGCCGUCGCAGCCCUCCUCAGACGCAACCUCUCAGCCAUACUCCCAGCCGCCUUCCCAGCCACCAUCCCAGCCGUCUUCGCAGCCUCCUUCACAGCCGGCACCCAAGCCUCAGCAGUGUCAGCAGCAGCAGCAGCGGCAACAGCCGCUGCGCUCACCGCUGCUUCAAAAGCUAAUUGGCGGCGGUAGCCGCGCCGGAGAGGCAGCAACGCAGCCGGCCAGCUGCACGGGCGGCGGCGUUGCCCCCGACCCGUUCGCGCGCCUGCCGCCGGCGUUCUCGCUAGCCACCCUGCAAUCCGUCACCAGCAGCAGCGGCGUUCACGCCAGCGUCGGAAACCUCCCCGAUGACACCGCCGCCGCCGCCGCCGCCGCCGCCGCCGCUGGUGUCAGGCCGCCGCCGCCGCAGCAGCCGCUGCAGCCGGCCGGCUCGUUGCUCUCUAUGGCCAGCAGCACCCACAGCAUCGCGAGCAGCACCGUCACCAUCACCGCCAGCGGUGCCGCAUAUAGCUAUGGCACCGGCGGCGGCACCGCGCAUGGCGCCAGCAGCAAACGGCGCAUCUCCGCCGUCAACAGCUCCUCGCGUCAUCAUCAGCCCACGCUGCUGCCCUCGCGCCUCUCCAACGCCACGCGUCUGCCCUCCAAGGCGUUGUCGCGGGUGCAGUCGUCCGUGUCCAGCCGCUACGCCGCCAGCGCGCUGCGCCGCACGCUGACGCAGGUGGACGGCGCGGUGUCGCUGCCGGAGCAGCUGUGGGUGGUGGCGCUGGUGGGCGUGUUCAUCAUGUACCCCGGCUGGGCCAACGCCUCCCUGUCCGUCUUCACCUGCUACCACAUCGAUCCGCAGCCGGCAGCGGCGCAGCGCGCGGCGGAGCCGUUCUGGGACCGCUACCGCGCCACGUGGCAGUACGGCUACUGGAUCCGCAACAUGCAGCAGGAGUGCUACUCGGGCGAGCACCUGGCGGCGGCAGUGCCCAUCGGCGUCGUGGCGGUGUGCCUGUUCCUGAUUUUUCCGCCGCUGCUGUCCUUCUUGCUGCUGUGGCGCCACCGCCGCGCGCUGGGCGAACCUGACGUGGCGAAACUGUUCGGGUUCAUGUACAACCGAUACAAGCCGCUGUUCUGGUGGUGGGGCUCUGCCCUGAUGCUGCAGCAGCUGCUGCUGGUGGCGGUGGAGGCGUUCGGCCGCGCGCUGGGAAACGUGAUGCAACAGGUGCUCGUGAUGCUGGUGGCUUUCCUGGCCCUGGCUGUCAUGAACGCCGCCUGCUCGCCGGCUCGCUCGCGGCUGGCCACGCUGCUCGACUUCUUCUCGCUGUCGGUGCUCAGCCUCACCCUCACCCUCAGCCUGUUCUUCACAGGCGACAGCGAGGCACAGCUCAGCGCGAGCGCGCAGGACGCUGUGGGUGGCAUCAUCAUCGCCAUCAAUCUGGCGCUGCUGGCGGCCUUCGUCGCUCUGCUGCUGCGGCGCACCUGGGUGUGGGCGCGCGGCAGGUUGGACGACCGGAUGGCGGCGCUGCGGCAGCGCUACGCCGCCGUGCGGCGCCGCCACCUGCUGCCCGACACCGAGGCCUCGCACCACGUCAACGUCCACGAGGACGGUACUGAGGGCGCGGUGGACGCCGCAGAGCAGCAGCAGCAGCCGUUCAAGCAGUAGCAGGGGCAGCAGCAGCAGCAGCAGCAGGGGCGGUAGAGGUAGAGAAAUGGGCAUCAGCUGCCGGAGGCGGGUCUGAUGCUGACGCCGGCGGCGGCACUGCCCGGCAUCCAUGAUGAGAACCCCUAGCGAAGAACUCCGGGGAUCGGUUCUAGCGCCUUUGAUACGGUAGACAGAGGUGCAGCGCCGCCGCACAUCUGGAGCACCAUUGCGUGUCUAUACUGUCUUCCCGGGGUAUGGCACAAUGUGCACCGCUUAGUCAAGUAUGUGCAAAGCGAAGCGUUUGCAGCUGGAAUAAUGCACGUCGUGCCGCCUAAAGCCAUUGUCAGACUCAGGCUACCGGCGUUUUACACUUCUGGAGAGACUGAAUGUCUGGGGACUUAACACUCAGCGGCAUGCAUGUCAUUCUUCAAGCAUACGUUUACCGUACUUGCAAGCUGCUGUGCACAUUAUGCCAUAAAUUUCUGCGUAUUCCUCUAUGUCUCUGGGGCUGCUUUGCGUGCGUAUGUAUGCUCAUUGUGCGUAUUGGAUUGCUAUAGGACAGGGUUCGGCUCUAGCAGGCUUGAGGUGUGAGGUAUUGCAUGCCAACUGCUCCUUUUGACUAGUAUUGUGAGGCAACUGACAACUGAUAGGUGUGGAAGGUGAGAAGCGCGCGCGUGGUAAGGACAACCGGUAUGUGGGGCGGGCCGUUGCGGCGGAGGGAUGUGGUACGCAUGCGGCGUGGGCGCGGCAGCGGGGGCGCGGAUGUAGAGCUGGAUGGUUAGAUGUGCGGUUGAGCGCAUGGCAAUUGAUGUGGAAUGAAGUAAUGGAAGGUCCCUUGGGAAUCGGGAGGGCCGGGAAUUGCGAUUGAACAUCCAUGGAUGAUGGGAAGUGGGUGUCAACGCGGACUCCACACGGACGCAGGUGUUCUUGUUGGGAACAACGAAGGCGCACAUGUCGUCACUUGGGACGUGGCACGACGCUAGGUUUGCGCGCCGUGCAUUAGCAAAUGCACGUCAAUACCUGAAUACCCUACCAUUCUGCCCCUGAUGAGCCCGUGGUCGGUGGUCGGCGGAUGUCUUGGGAGCAUCGCUGCAGUAAAAGGCCCCUAUGCAAGACACAUCGUUGCAAGAUGUGUUCCAAUCGCCAUCCCGUCCGUCUCCAAACUUCCAAAACUGCCCCUGUGAUAGCUUUGAUGUGGCUCAACAGCCGUCACAAUUGCGCAGACAUGGCGCAAUUUAUGAUAAGUAGGGGGAAACGAGCUCAUGACAGUUGUCACGAUGUUGGGGUUUUUUUCCCUUCUUUUUGUGUUCCUGACAGCUGUAGCGAGUGGCUCGUGGUGCGUGUGUGUUGCCUGUGAGAAUGGGGGGCAGGGCAGCGCCGGGAACAACUGUUGGUGAUGUUUUUGGGCUGGGGGUAUGGGCAAGGGAGGGGCAAGGGGCAGCAAAAGUAGCAUGAGCACGAGGAGCAGCAGCACAGCAGCAGCUGAAGCUCCAGCUGCAGGACGUUCGGUCGUGGAUUUAGCAGAGUACGAAGCUAUGUACGCCCAGGAGGA